AUGCAUACAUGCGCUGAUGUUGUCAAACUAGGAUCCAUCGAGCGACGACUCUCUUCUGCGUCCACCAUGAAGAAGAAAUGCAACAAGGGGUGGAUUUCUGAUUUAAGGAACCAUGAUUUGGAGGAAAAUCCAACCAGGAACCUGCAGAGCAUGGCUGUCUCGGGUUCUUUGAGGCAGGAGCUGUGUUUCUCCUCAGUGCCCCCGCAGCCGGUGCCCCCUCUGGUCCAGACGCUGCAGAGUUACCUCAGGAGCCUGGAGCCCCUGCUGCCCCCCGAUGAGCUCAGCCACACCCGCAGGAUAGUGCAGGAGUUUGGCAGGCCCGGGGGCCUUGGUGCAUGGCUGCAGGCAGGACUGGAGAAGAGAGCCAGACGCACAAAGAACUGGAUCUCUCCAUUGUGGGUGCAGUGGGCGUACUUGGAGAGCAGGCAGCCACUGCCAGUGCAUUCAAACCCGGCCAUCUCUCUGCCCAGGAGAGAUUAUAACGGCUGGAGGAGCCAGCUAGUUUGCAUCAAACUCAUUGCAGCAGUUCUAGACUUUAAGGCCAUAAUCAACACCGGCCAGCUGCCAUUGGAGCACUCGCGAGGGAAGCCUCUGUGCAUGGAGCUCUACCCGCUCCUCUUCUCCUCCUGCAGGAUCCCCGGCCCCAAACACGACCACAUCGCUCACCAUGGGCGCGCCCGACGCUCGCCGACACACAUCACAGUGGUCAGGAACUACCAGUUCUUCCAGCUGGAGGUUUACAACAGCGACGGCUCUCGGAUGACGGAGAGUCAGAUCCACGGACAGCUGCUGAGGAUCCGCUCUCAGUCCUGGAAGACGGACAAAGAGCCGAUGGGCAUCCUGACCAGCGAGCACCGUCACACCUGGGGACAGGCCUACGACCGGCUGCUGAGAGAUAAACUAAACAAGGAAUCAGUGCGGCUGAUAGAGACAGGACUUUUCUCUCUGUGUCUGGAUUCUCCCGUCAUGAGGAUAUCGGAUGAAAAGUAUGCCAGUCGCAAGGCAGCACAGAUUCUGCACGGAGGUGGGACGUUCUCAAACAGCGGCAACCGCUGGUUUGAUAAAACUCUGCAGUUUGUGGUGGGCGAGGACGGCUCGUGGGGUCUUCUGUAUGAACCAGCCACAGCCGAGGGUCCGCCCAUAGCAGAACUGCUGCAUCACAUCCUCGAUUACUGGUGAGAUAACAUGAGACGAGACGAG